AUGGGCGAGAGCACCAGCCCCAUCAGCGUGAUCCUGGUGAGCUCGGGCAGCCGCGGCAACAAGCUGCUGUUCCGCUUCCCGUUCCAGCGCGGCGCCGAGCACCCCGCCGCGCAGGACAACAAACCAAGGAGUCGAUAUGCUGUGAAUGGCUCUGGUGACACCACAGAAGAUCAAGAUGGGGACUCGAGAGACCAAUGUCCUCUAACUGAUGAGCAAUUGGUUUCAGGGUUUUCGGAUGUCAUCCUGGCAACAAUUUUGGCUACCAAGUCAGAUAUGUGUGGCAAAAAGUUUGAACUGAAGAUUGAUAAUGUUCGCUUUGUUGGCCAUCCCACCUUGCUCCAGCAUGCCCUCGGGCAGGUAUCCAAAACUGACCCCUCACCGAAGAGAGAGAUGCCCACCAUGAUUCUGUUCAACGUGGUGUUUGCACUAAGGGCCAACGCAGACCCGUCGGUGAUCAGCUGCCUGCACAACCUGUCGCGCAGGAUCGCCAUCGUGCUGCAGCACGAGGAGCGCCGCUGCCAGUACCUCACCCGCGAGGCCAAGCUCAUCCUGGCCAUCCAGGACGAGGUGUCUGCCAUGGCAGAGACCACAGAAGGGCCCCAGUCACCUUUUCAUCACAUCCUACCCAAGUGCAAGCUGGCCAGAGAUCUCAAAGAGACAUAUGACAGUCUCUGCACCACAGGGGUGGUUCGUUUACACAUCAACAACUGGCUGGAAGUGAGUUUCUGCCUUCCUCACAAAAUCCACUAUGUUGCCACCAACUUCAUACCCCCAGAAGCAAUUGAGAAGAGUCUGAAAUCCAUCAGGCCUUACCAUGCCUUAUUACUUUUAAAUGAUGAGAAGUCAUUGCUUAAUGAGCUCCCGUUGGACUGCUCUCCUGCCCUGGUGAGAGUAAUUAAAACUACCUCUGCUGUGAAGAAUUUGCAGCAACUGGCUCAAGAUGCUGACUUGGCAUUGCUGCAGGUUUUCCAGCUUGCAGCACAUCUUGUUUACUGGGGCAAAGCAAUUAUUAUUUAUCCUCUUUGUGAAAACAAUGUCUACAUGCUUUCUCCAAAUGCCAGUGUCUGCCUUUACUCUCCCCUGGCAGAUGCCUUCUCCUGUCAGUUCCGGGGUCACAACCUGCCCUCCAUGCUGGCCAAGUUCUCCCUCCCCGUGUCCCUCUCCGAGUUCAAGAACCCGCUGGCACCGCCUGUGCAGGAGACCCAGCUGAUCCAGAUGGUGAUCUGGAUGCUGCAGCACCGCCUCCUGAUCCAGCUGCACACCUACGUGUGCCUCAUGGUGCCCCCGAACGAGGAGGAGCUCCGAGCCCAGGAUGAGGACAUGCCCUUCACUGCCAGGGUUGGGGGACGAAGUUUGAGCACCCCCAACGCUCUCAGCUUCGGCUCUCCAACCAGUAGUGAUGACAUGACUCUGACAAGCCCUAGCAUGGAUAAUUCCAGUGCUGAGUUGAUACCUGGUGGGGACUCACCCCUAAAUAAGAGGAUGACAGAGAAUCUCCUGGCAAGCCUGUUGGAACAUGAGAGGGAGGCCAUCCUGAAUGUCCCAGCUGCCCAGAACCCAGAAGAUCUCCGCAUGUUUGCAAGGCUGCUGCACUACUUCCGAGGCCGGCACCACUUGGAGGAGAUCAUGUACAACGAGAACAUGCGGCGCUCCCAGCUGCUGAUGCUGUUUGACAAGUUCCGCAGCGUGCUGGUGGUCACCAGCCACGAGGACCCCGUCAUCUCAGUGUUCCAGUCGCUCCUCAAGUGACUCUGCUGGCACAGAGGGAGGAGCCUGCCACGCUCUCCAUGCUGGGUCUAAAGGAUGCCUAAAAUCUGAAGGAGGUCAUUUCAGUUCUCCUCCUCGCCACGUGACGGCUGCAGGUUGUCCCUGUCCGUCCGUGCCUCGAUGUCCCCGCUGUCCCCAAGGCUCCAGGGCCUGCUGCAGGACCGCACGUGCUUGCUCAGCCUGGAUUGCUCCCCUGCCACAUUCACAGCCCUUCCCUGGCCCUGCUGCUCCCCAGGGAUUGUCACAGUGGGACAAGAGGGUUCUGCUUUGGCACUGCUGGCAGAAGGUCACCUUUGGGGAGACGCCGGUGCCCUGGGAGUGCUUCCUGUGACCUCCAGCAUGACUGCUGGGACACCCAGCCAUGAGAGCCUGUCCCCAUGGCACAGCAUGCAUGGCCUUGCUCCAGGGCAAGGGGAACUGGCCUGGCUCCUAGGGAAAUGACCCUGGACACCCAGGAAUUCUGUUUGAUCUCACAGCUGUGAGGACAGAGGUGGGAAGGCAAAGGAUCACAAGUAAACAUGAAAUCAUGAAUGAAUGACUCAA